AUGUCGACCCUCGCAGAUGAAUUAUUGCAGGAUUUUGAGGAUUCUGGAUCCGAAGGUGAAGGAGAGGAUAAUGCACACCUUUUUGCUGACCCAGAAGAGGUCGCCAUUAGCAUGAAUGGGAACGCCGUAGGACUUUCAGGCGCGAGUGAAAUGGAGCUCGAUGGCGAUGAAGAAGCAGUCGACGAAGACGAUGAGAUGGUGGGAAUGACUAGUGGUGCUAUCGAUGCUACAGAGGGUGAGGAGGCGACCAAAGCAAAGGUUGAGAAGAUGCAGCUUGGUGGAGUAGAUGAUGUGCGCAGUGUGGCAGGUUUGAUGAAAACAUUGGAACCAGUUUUAGAGAAAAUCGCACAUUUUCAAUCGUUACCUCCCGAUAAACAAACGACUUUCGUAGGCUCGGUCGAAGACAAUCCAGAAUACCAUUUGUUGACACAAGCAAAUACUCUGUCGACAUCUAUCGAUAGCGAAAUCAUCCUGGUACAUAAAUUCAUACGAGAUCAUUAUUCGAUUCGAUUUCCGGAGCUGGAAACCUUGGUCACCAAUCCUUUGGAUUAUGCCAAGGUCGUCACCAUCAUUGGAAAUGGACCUAUGGAUUCAGAAAAUAUCAAGACACUUCAAACAUCAAAGGAUAACCGACUAGGUGCUACACUAAGAUCUGUUCUGGAUGGUCCAUCUGUUAUGAUUGUUACGGUCGAAGCAACCACUACAAAGGGUCGAGAAAUGUCUUCAUAUGAACUCGAAAGAGUGCUCCGCGCUUGUGAUAUGACACUCGCACUGGACAGAGCGAAGAAGACCUUGACUGAUUAUGUUCAAUCACGCAUGAACUUGUUCGCUCCGAAUCUUACAGCUCUUAUUGGAUCCCUUACGGCGGCUCAGCUACUCAACUUUGCCGGAGGUUUAACAGGCCUAGCCAAGACUCCCGCCUGUAAUCUUCCACCCCUAGGCUCCAAUAAAUCAUCUGGAACUGGUUUCGCUACCAAUGUCGGAGUCCGCCAACAAGGAUUUCUCUACCACUCCCCUAUUAUUCAGGGUAUCCCUAACGAUCUCAAAAAACAAGCUAUGCGAAUCGUUUCUGCCAAAGUUGUUCUAGCCGCACGAGUUGACCGCGUCCAUAAUAGUCCUGACGGAUCGACGGGUGAAGAACUAAAAGAACAAUGUAUUACUCGGCUCGAGAAACUCACCGAGCCACCUCCAAAUAAAGGUGCCCGUGCCUUGCCGGCUCCAGAUGAUAAACCCGCACGUAAACGUGGUGGUCGACGUGCUCGACUUGCUAAGGCCGCAACUGCUAUGACAGAUUUGAGGAAAGCACAAAACAGAAUGGCCUUUGGAAAAGAAGAGAAAGAAGUUGGUUAUGGUAACGGCGAUGGAACCAAGGGCAUGGGUAUGAUCGGACAAAGCAACGACGGACGUAUUCGAAACAUUCAAGUAGAUCAACGUACCAAAGCCAAGCUUUCUGCCAAAAACAAAGGUUGGGGUACAUCAAAUCCUAUGAGCGGUUCGGCCUCCUCGCUCCGAGGAUUCGGUCAAUCGGCUGGUAAUAUAGAUCUAAGAGGUAAAGGGUUAAGAGCAUCGGGUGUAGGAGGAUUGAGUACUAGUACUGGAGCGAGCGCAGGAACUGCUAGUAGUUUGGCCUUUACGCCGGUACAGGGAUUAGAGUUGGUAGAUCCGAAGAGAGUGGCAGAAAUGAAGAGAAAGAGAGCAGCAGAAGAAGAUAAAUGGUUCAAGGGUGGAACUUUUACUCAAGUUGGUAAUAGUGGAGGUGAUAGCAGUAUGGGACCACCUCCUUCCAAAAAGGUUGCUUCUGGAGUUGGAAAGAUGGGUCCACCUGCUUUGCCGAAGAAGUAG